CAUCUCUAGUAUAGUUUAUGGUAAGUAAACUAUCUAUAUAAACUAUCACAUGAUCAGAAUACUUACCAAAAUGGCUACAGGUAAAGUAUUUGGUGGAUAUGCCUAUAAGUUUGUUGAUGGUGAGCCUAGCGAUGAAUUAAAAUGCGGCAUUUGUACACUUGUACUACGUGAUCCUCAUCAAGUUACCUGCUGCUUCAACAGGUUUUGUAAAAGCUGCAUAGACCAAAUAGAAGGCAAAAGGUGUCCUUUAUGUCAAAAGCCAACCAACUGCUUCAAAGAUGGCGGAAUCAAUCGUGAGAUCAUAGCUCUUAAAAUUCACUGUACUAACAGUAAGAAGGGUUGUGAGUGGCAAGGAACUAUUAAUGAAACUGGUACGUCAAUUGAUACUCAUCUUAAUAGUUGUAUCUAUCAACCGGUACCUUGUACUAAUAAGUGCGGAGAGAAGAUUAGUAGAAAUUCACUGGAGACACAUCUCAAAGACAACUGUACUAAACGUACGGUUAGAUGCCAGUACUGCAAACAAAGAGGCACACACCAGCUGAUAACAAGUAGACGCCAUCUUGAUGAGUGUCCUGACCUCCCAACCCAAUGCAGCAACAGAGGCUGCAAUGAGAAGAUACCACGACGUUCACUAGCAUCACACAACGAGACCUGCCUUAAAGCUAUCAUACAAUGUGAAUACAAUACUGUUGGAUGUAACAAGGUAAUGAAGAGAGAAGAACAAGAGAAGCACAAUGAAGAAUCAAUGAAAGUACAUCUAAAAUUGACAAAGGAACAACUGGAAUCAACAAAUAAGCAACUAAAAGUGGCAACAAGGACAAUAAACUCGCUGCAAAAUCAAUCAAUAGCAUCAAAAGAAGUAAUUAAGAUAAGCCAAUUUGCUAAGCUUAAGAGGAAUAAAGAAAAUGAGGAUUGGUACAGCCCAGGGUUCUACACAUCACCAGGAGGAUACAAGAUGUUACUACGUGUCUAUCCUAAUGGUCUUUGUACUGGUAAAGGUACAGGUACACAUAUCUCUUGCUUCAUGUGUCUUGAGAUAGGAGAAUAUGAUGAUACAUUGGAGUGGCCGUUUCGAGGAGAAGUUACAGUAGAGCUACUGAAUCAACUGGGGGAUAGGAAUCAUAAGAAGGGUAUCAUAUCAUUUGAUGAAUCAACACCAGAGAAAUACAGGCAAAGAGUGAGGGAAGAGAGAAGUAUUGCAGGUGGAUGGGGUAUUGCAGAAUUUAUCUCACAUGACCAGUUAAAGUAUAAUCCAAUUACUAAUUGUGUGUAUCUUAAAGAUGAUAGUCUGUACUUCAGAGUCAGUGUAAAGGCUACAUCAAGGACAAAGCCAUGGCUAGUGUGAGCAUUUUGAAAACAAUGCUAAAACCAAUUUAAACUAACAAGUAGUAUAAUAAAAAUUACUUUACAGUUAGAUUGAAUGUGCAAUUUACUUAAAUUAUCAUUAUUUUAUUGUGUUGUGCAUUGUUGCUGCCUGCUGAUUAAUUGAAAUUGAUUAAACUU